AUGGACAGGCCAGACGACGAGCUCAUGGAGCUACUUUGGCAAAACGGCCAAGUAGUGAUGCAAAGCCAAAGACAUCUCAGGAAAUCAUCACCACCGUCUAAAUUCGAAGAUGCUGUACUCCCAGCCGGUCAAUCAACGGCUACUAGAGAGAUCCAAUCAUCGCAUGAUAUACAACAGCAUCAUCUCUUUAUGCAAGAAGACGAGAUGGCCUCUUGGCUUCAUUAUCCUCUUAACGACAACAAUUUCGAGCGGGAUUUCUGCGCCGAUCUCCUCUAUCCUACCACCCCCUGCAUCACCGCCACUACAACCACCACGGUCACCAACGCUGCCUCGCCUCCUCUUCGAAGUACAACUCAAAAUCCGGAAGUUCGGCCUCAUCCAGCCGUUUCUACGGCAGUGUCGGCUCCGAGGCCGCCGAUACCGCCGGCUAGGAGAGCGGAGGUGGUGCAGAACUUCGCGCACUUCGCGAGGCACCGUGGGAGAGAGGUUUUGGAAUCUGGACCGUCCAAUUCGAAAAGCGUGGUGAGGAAAUCGACGGUUGUAGACUCGUAUGAUACUACAACUGUGAGAAUUUCAGAAGCGGCUGUUGCUAGGAUUGCGGAUAAUACGUGCGGGACCACGAGCGGCGCUGCAGUGGCAGGUACGGAUUCUAGUGCACCCGCAGGGAAUAGAGAGACGAUGACGGCGACUUGUGAGAUGACAGCCACGUCAUCACCUAGUUGCUCGAGUGCUAGCGCUGAGCCGCCAGCGCAGAAGGCGCCAGUUGAAGACCGGAAGCGGAAGGGAAGAGAAGAGGAAGCCGAGAGUCACAGCGAGGUUUUCCCACCCAAAGCAUGGCAAUUAAAUGCUUUAAUCGAGACCAUUGGACUGAAAAGGGUAGAAGAGAUGCCGAAUCCACUUAAGGAUGCUGAGUUUGAAUCUGCUGAUGCAAAGAAACAAGUUCGUGGAUCAAUGUCUACAAAGAGAACUCGUGCAGCAGAAGUUCACAAUCUAUCAGAAAGGAGACGCCGAGAUCGGAUCAACGAAAAGAUGAGGGCUUUGCAAGAGCUCAUACCUCGUUGCAACAAGUCGGACAAAGCUUCUAUGUUAGACGAAGCAAUUGAGUACCUGAAAUCGCUUCAGUUGCAAGUCCAGAUGAUGUCCAUGGGAUGCAGUAUGGUCCCAUUGAUGUUUCCAGGCAUUCAUCAGUACAUGCCGCCAAUGGGAAUGGGGAUGGGGAUGGGAAUGGGAAUGGGGAUGGGGAUGGGCAUGGGCAUGGAAAUGGGAAUGAAUCGUCCAAUGAUGUCAUUUCCCAAUGUUUUGGCUGGUAUGCCUUCAGCAACGCCAGCUGCAGCUGUUCAUUUAGGUCCUAGGUUCCCUGUGCUGCCCUUUCAUUUGGCCCCCAUCCCUGCUGAUCCAUCCAGAGUCCAAGCAACCAACCAGGCAGAUCCUAUGCUAAACUCACAAGGUGCACAGAGUCCAAACCAACCAGGAGUCCCAAAUUUUGCUGAUCAUUAUCAGCACUAUCUUGGCCUCCACCAAAUGCACAUACCAGCACCACAGGUUCAGUUUAAAAGUUGCACGAAAGAAUCACUCUUGGUGAUAUUCAAGCUUUUCCUGGAUGAUAUUGUAAGAGUAACGUGGUUGAAGUUUCUGGCAGAUUACCUAGGAAGACUCUUGCCUGUUUAA